GGGGCGCGUUGGGCCCUUGUCCGGACGGGAACGGGACGGUUUUAUAAAGAAGGCUUCUAUUAGCCGCGUACAGAUAGACAAGCAACUCCAGUCCAACCACCAAGAACAACCGGAACAGAAGAGGAGAGGAGAAGAGAAGAGAAGAGAGGAGGCUCCCCAGUUGGUACCAAUUCUCGCAGAGAUAAGGAGAAGCAAUCAGACAUGAGAACCCAAGCGCUGUUCUUCCUGACAUUCGCCCUUCUCGCCGUGCUCGCGCAAUCCAGCAACAGGCACCACCACCACCACCACCACUCCCAGGUUCAAAGCAGAGUCUGGCUCACGCGUUCCGAAUCGAUCUCUGGUUUCAGGGCAGGGAGGAGGAGGAGGAGGGGAGCUUGCGAGCCGGGGCAAGGCGGCGGCGCGAGCGUGGCCGUGCUGCGACAGCUGCGGCGGGUGCACCAAGUCGGAGCCGCGGCGGUGCCAGUGCCUGGACGCGGUGCCCCGCGGGUGCCACCCGGCGUGCAGGGACUGCGUCAAGUCCAGUCUCAGCGCCGACCCGCCGGUGUACCAGUGCAUGGACCGCGUCCCCAACUUCUGCCAGCGCCGCUGCACCGCGCCCGCCGCCGCGCACUGACCGCCCGCCCGGCCGUGCUGACGACUGAUUUCUGCUUUGCUCUUUGACCCACCAACCGCUCCCACCGCCCACCCGCCGCCGGAUCCUGUGUCUCAAGGCCAGCUGUGGAUUAGGAUUUUUGUGUGUGUAAAAACUACAUAGAGAUGAAGAAUCUGUAAUCUUGGACGCUGCAGUGGUGUCCUUUUUUUUUUUCUGUGUAUGUGUAUGGUUGACUCUUGUUGUCUGUGAGGAGAUGAGCACGGUGAAUCACCGAGAUUGGAGAAAAGACACUGGCUUUUCUUGCCGUUUAGUAUGAGCUUUCGUCAGGGAU